AAGAAAAUUGAUAAAAAAAAAGAAGAAGAAAGAAACAGAGAAAAACUGAAAAUGAUAAGGGUGGUGGCAGUAGCACACUAGCACAGAUCAGUUGAGUGAGCUUUUCACUCUCCGGUACCGUCACUCUCUCUCUCAUAUACGAAGACGUUUGAAUUUUGUCAUCUCCACUUCUUCAAAAUCCAUAUUUUGCUUUUCUCUAAAGCGACACCGUUAUGGCUUCCAUCAAUCUUGUGCCCAACUUGUCCUUCAACCAUUUCCAGACAUCAUCAUACCUAGUAGGUGUUGGCAAUUUACAAUGUAGAGUUGUUUUCAACAAAUCAAGAAAGAAGUUUCCUUCAUAUAGUUGCAUAAGGUGUGAAAAGAAAGAUGAAGUAAACAAAGAUGAAGUAAACAAAGAUGAAGACAAAAAAGAUGAACAAAUUGAUUAUGUCACUGUUGAACGUCCACCUUAUUAUAGUUACAUGGAUUCAACCUCUGGUCAACUUGAACCUGCUUCUGGUGCUAGAGCAAGUAUUCCUGAAGUUGAGUUUUGGCCUGAAGGAACUGUUGAACAAGUUAGGUCUGCUAGGGCACCUGUUCCGACCGGAGAAUCGUUAGGGUCUCCGUCGUAUGGUAGUAAUCCUGGAAGUAGGAGGAAGAGUUAUAGAGCAUCUGGUUCUGGUUCUGGUUCUGGUUCUGGUUCUGGUUCUGGUUCUGGUUCUUUCGCUGAGGCUGAUGUUGAAUUGAGUGACCCUGGUCUUCCUGAGGUUAUGGUUGAACCUCAGGAAGAUUCUGAGGAGUUUUCGUCGGAUUAUGUUGUUUAUCAGUCUGAGUUUGAGGAGAAAGAAGAAGAGGUUGGGUACAAACUCGAUAAGAAACUUGGAGUUCCUCAUCCAUUUGUUGAUCCGAAAAUUAAAAAGCCGAUAGAGGGGACGCUUACGAGUGAUGAAAUGUGGUGGAAUUGGAGAAAGCCUGAGAAAGAACAAUGGUCUAGAUGGCAAAGAAGGAGGCCCGACGUUGAAACGGUUUUCUUGAAAGCCAUGGCAGAAACUGGACAAGUAAAGCUAUAUGGUGAACAACCAACAUUAACAGAAACUGCUCUUUACCGGGCCAGGCGCCAUCUUUAUAAGGAGGAAAGGCUUCAGGCUGAGCAAGAGAAACUGGAAAGGAUUGGUCCACUUGCAUACUAUUCAGAAUGGGUAAAGGCAUGGAAGAGAGACACAUCUCGUGAAGCUAUUCAGAAGCAUUUCGAAGAGACUGGAGAAGAUGAAACUACUCAACUAAUUGAAAUGUUUUCUUACCAAACUGAUCGAGAGUAUCGCAUAAUGAUGGGGACUGAUAUUCGCAUUCAGAGGGAUCCUUUAGCAAUGCGAAUGAGAGAGGAUCAGAUAAAGCAAAUAUGGGGUGGAGAUCCAGUUUACCCAACUGUGAACUAUAUUCAAGAUCCAGAUGAAGUGAUUGACUACAGGGGGCCAGAUUUUCAUGAACCGACACCAAAUAUGCUGCCUUUUCUGAAGGAGCAUGGAAAAAUCAUUUCAAGGGAGGAGCUAGAAAAGAUUCUGGAAAAGCAAAAGACUGAACAAGUAGAGGUGACAGACAUCGAUGAAGCUAUGGCUAAAGCAGUUGAUAUUGGCGAAAAUGAUGAUGAAGAAGAUAGUGAUAUCGAAGUUGAAGAGGUAGAGGCAGAUGAAGAAGAAGACGAAGAAAAGAUUAAUCGUAAUUGGAGUGUUUUGAAAACUACUCCGCAGCUUCGCAAAUCAAAAUCAAAGCCAAAACCAAAGAAAGAGGGUCCUAUGUCACUGGAGGAGGCUGUAGGUGAUUCUGAGAACCUGACUGAUUUCCUCUUGGAUUUUGAAGAUGAAUGACACGCCUUGUUUUGAAGCGUGUGUUCCAUGACAAGCAGUAUACUGCAGCAGUAGACAUACACGUAAUGUUGUAUACAAGAUGAAAAAGGUUAGAAUAUAAGUAUUCAAUGACGAAUGUUUUAAGCAUUUUUAGCCAGAGUUAAGUUCCCACUUGAGCUAUUCCACUGAAACAAUCCCUUAAGUACUUUUAUGACAACAAUUUUGAUACUUCUCUACCUUCAUAUGGAACUUAGAAGAUAAUUAACUAGGUAAAUAACAGUUCCAUUAUAGUAAAUGUGUUGGUCUAUAUUGUAAUUUUGGUGCAAACUAGACUCUAAUAUUGUUUGUGUCCUCAUUUAUUGCAAUUCUAGGACUUCAUGUAUUUGUAACUAUGUAAGUUGCAAACUCUCAUCUCGUUUGUGAAAGACGAUGAGCUCUUUUACUUGGAAAUAGAAAAUUUUAAUA